AGUAACGACAAAGCGAACUAGCAAGCAACUAGAGGGAAGGAUCGACGACAAAACAACCAACCAGUGUGUUUGGGUUUGGUUCUGGUUUACAACUUACUUUUGUCAGUGAUUGUUGUUAACCGUUGAAAAUGGAGGACCAUUACUCCUCAGAAGAUGAAGAGGUCUACUUUGGGAGUUUUGCCCAAUCGGAAAUCACCAAGAGGAAACAUUUGUAUGGGGACCACUACACCUCGACUCCAGAACAAUUGAAAGCUGAAGCUUCAAAGAAACUAAAAGGGAGCUUGCCUGAUGUACUCAAGUAUGCAAACACUUCUACGCCCGUCCAAAGACUGCUGUCAGAAGAAAGUGGGGAAAACCAACAAACUGAACAGCCACAGAACAGUUCUGUUCUUGAUGAAAGUGACGACGUCAUCAUUAUAGAUGCCUCUGUUCAUUCAAACUCCAUCAUUACUCUGUCUGACGAUGAAAGUUUUAUAAACCAUGAAAAAUCCUGUUCUAAUGUGUCUGCUAGAAGUGAAGAUGAUAAUAUUGAGAAGAAUCCAGAAUCUUCCAACAUCAUCAAGCUGCAUGAAGAAAGCAUUUCCUCUGGUAAACACGUUUUUACCUGUUCAGACUCAGACAGUGUGUCAAAUCUCUUGACAAACCAAAGUGGAUCGAAUAGCAGCACAUUCUCUACGACUUGUGAAGUUUCUCAUAAAAUGGAAACUGACAAUAGUGUUGAGCAACAAUCCAGAACCCCUUACAAAGACUCUUUUACUGCUAUUGCGAAUGAUUCCAGUACAGCUUUAAACAAUUCAGGAAACGAUAGUGGUCUGAAAAACAUCAGCUCUUCCAACAAUAAUUUUGACAUGCUUAACAGUCUGCAUGAGUCAGCUGGCAAUGAUAGUAGUUUCAAGUCCAAUGUAGACUGUAGUAAUCAUUCUUCUCUUAUUCAAGACAUUGAUGACUUUGUUGGAACAAAUACUGUUGAAAAUGUCACAGCUGUUGUCGAGACCCUUGUUGAUCUUAGUGUCUCAACAAGUGUUGAUAAAAGCCAGGACUUGCCUUUGAAUCACUCAACUUCAAACUGUCAGAAAAGAUCAAGUUUUGAGAGUCAAGAUCCUCCCUCUGAAGAAUCUGGUGUAUUUCAGAAACAAACAGCCACUGUUCAAAGUAAAAAUGGAGAUGUUGAUGGAGAAAGAAUUGAACGUUCAUUUAAUAUUAGCAAUAUGACUAACUUUUCCCUCAACGGAAUCACUGAUAGCAUUCUUCACUUGUCACCAGGUUCAAUCCUGCACAGUCCUCGAAAGAGUGCUGUAACCAGAAACCAAUCAUUUCAAAACCAUUUUGGAACCAAUAACAAUAUGACAGAUCUAAAGGAAACAAUUGAAGAAGAUUUGCACAUGUCUGUAGAUGAAGUAGAUUUCCAAAAACAACGGUUUACUGAAAACUUCAUCGACUCAUAUGGUUUUACAGAUUACACUAAUAUUUCUCAACCGUCAGAGUAUAAAUCUUGCCUACUUAGCGCUCAUAGUAGCUACAAAACUGCUUUUGACCAAACUUGUGAUGGAAAUCAGUCAUCGUCUGAUCAGUCAAAUGUGUUUCAAAACUAUAGAGAUGUGUCUGACUUGGAUGUUUGUGGUGAUGAGGACGCAGUAAGCAUUAAAUCAAAUCAAGAUAAUGUUGAUGAAGCAGGAUUUGAAAUGUUGGUUCAAGCCCGCCAGAAUUCUUUCAAUGAAACACUUGUUACUAAGAAUGUCGUUGAUGAGAAAGGAAAGUCAAAACUUUUGUCCAAACUGCCUGUUUAUCAAAGCUCAAAAAGUAUGCUGAGAUCUCCAAAACUGCAUGUGAAACCUGACUCCUUGAAAGCCAGCAGCUUUAAAUUUGCGAAGCAAAUAUCACAUGUUAAUAAAUACACAUCCAAUAUUCCAAAACUAGCAUCACCCAAAACUACACAAUCCGCCUCGGUAAACAAACAAGGCCAAACCAAAGACAAGACUCCGUUAACCAAAGACAAGAAAAUACCCUUCAAAACCCCAACUAAUAUCAGCUCAUCAAAGCUUCACCAUCCUACUGCAAAGUCGAUAAUUUCUACGCCAAAGCAAACAAAUUCUACUCCUAGGCCAGGAACCUCACUAACCAAAAGCAGGAUUCCUUCACACAGUGUUCCAUCCGUCAGCAAAACACCUGCUCAAACUAUUGGUCCUAAUCCUUCAUCCAAAAAGGUUUUGCUUAAAACUCCUGUACCAACAGGCAUUCCUAGAGCAGUGAACUCUGACUCUAAAGUCAAGAGAGCGAUGAGUCCAUUGUCUCAGCAUGUGAACAAAAUUCCUCAAAGUACUGAGAAAACUUUACCAUUGAAAAACCGGUAUAAAAACAUAGUAUCUCCCAUUCAAUCCUAUAUCAGAGGUUCCCCUACCACUCUGCUCAGAAAGGCACACAAUAUAAGUGAUGAAAACAUUCUUGAGGGACCAACUUCCGGAACUAGGCCUGUUACUCCAGUGAAAGCUCUGCCUAAAGCUAUACAGAAGCUACACUAUGAUGCUCAUGAACAAGAAAAUGUAAAUCCAAACAUGAAAGAUUACUCAAGAGACACCAUUCCGAUCAAGGCAUUUGAGCCAUCUCAGGAGAUAUUUUGGAAACAAGAACAUGUUGAGUCACGCCUGCCUGUCAUGGGAGAAAAACAAACCAAAAUACUAAGUGCGAUUCCUGAGGUCAAACUUACUCGACAUGAGGGAAGAGUGAUUGAAUGUCCAAAGUCCAAGGGAGUUCUGGUUCCUAACAACGAUUCACCUACUGUUGAUGACCUCGAGACAAAUGACCUUCCCCUCCAACAGGCGCAGGGUAGAAUCUCAGUGAGGGUACAAAAAACUGUCAAGCCUCAGUGAUUUCCUAAACUUAUUCAUUGAGUCAAAGAAAGCUGUUAAAUUUUAUGUAAAAUAUUUUAUACCUAAUAACUUAUUCUAUUUGUGUAGCAUAUUUUAUAAGUUUGUUGUGUUAUUUCUGUUUAUAAACAAUUGUAGCCAUUGUACCAUAAGUAAAAGGAACCUUAACCUUAUGUGUAUAUUAUGAACGUUGGUUAUCAAAUAAAUAUUUAGCAAUUUUAAGUGAAAAGGCGUUAAUGUCAAGUUUAUAAUGAUCGUCUGUGUAACAAAUUUUGUCUGGUUUUAUUAUAUGUUAUUGACCAUUUUAGAGUGUGAUUUUCAAUGUUGAACUUAAAGUGAAAUAAAAUU